GGGAAAGAAUCCCGCUGGAAUGCGCCACCGGGAGGAGGCUUUCCCUCCCAGUUCGCCUCUGCUAGCCCAGAACCUCUCCCAGGGUCUCAGGCAGAGGCUGUGCGUGCGGUUGCCGACUCCCUUCCCUGGCCGUACAGGAGGCAGUACCGGGAGAAGGGGCUCGUUGCGCGCAGGGACACGGUCGCGGCGACCCUAGGAGGCGGUGCCGACCGUAUCCCUGCGCCGCUGCGCGAGGCAGAGGCUGAAUGAGGAGCUGCGCGGGGGAAGCGGGGCGCCGGGGGAGGAGGCGGCGGGAUGGAAGCAGACGCUGGCGUCGCGCGAGCCCGGGGCCGAGCGGCGCGGUAGAGAGGGCGGCGGCGGCGCGCGCGGAACCUUGACGUGCCCCUUUCUUUCUUCUCUCGCUGGGAAGCUGGGAACUAUGAGCGUGCAGCCCUGCCGCUGCGGCGGCCGCCCCGGCUCCUCGCCUCCCCCACUUCUGGCCACCCCUCGCCGGUGAGAGAAGAGAACGCGAGAAGGGAAGAUGGGGGCCGUCCUGAGGAGCCUCCUGGCCUGCAGCUUCUGUGUGCUCCUGAGAGCGGCCCCUUUGUUGCUUUAUGCAAACAGACGGGACUUGCGAUUGGUUGAUGCUACAAAUGGCAAAGAGAAUGCUACGAUUGUAGUUGGAGGCUUGGAGGAUGCAGCUGCGGUGGACUUUGUGUUUAGUCAUGGCUUGAUAUACUGGAGUGAUGUCAGCGAAGAAGCCAUUAAACGAACAGAAUUUAACAAAACUGAGAGUGUGCAGAAUGUUGUUGUUUCUGGAUUAUUGUCCCCCGAUGGGCUGGCAUGUGAUUGGCUUGGAGAAAAAUUGUACUGGACAGAUUCUGAAACUAAUCGGAUUGAAGUUUCUAAUUUAGAUGGAUCUUUACGAAAAGUUUUAUUUUGGCAAGAGUUGGAUCAACCCAGAGCUAUUGCCUUAGAUCCUUCAAGUGGGUUCAUGUACUGGACAGACUGGGGAGAAGUGCCAAAGAUAGAACGUGCUGGAAUGGAUGGUUCAAGUCGCUUCAUUAUAAUAAACAGUGAAAUUUACUGGCCAAAUGGACUGACUUUGGAUUAUGAAGAACAAAAGCUUUAUUGGGCAGAUGCAAAACUUAAUUUCAUCCACAAAUCAAAUCUGGAUGGAACAAAUCGGCAGGCAGUGGUUAAAGGUUCCCUUCCACAUCCUUUUGCCUUGACGUUAUUUGAGGACAUAUUGUACUGGACUGACUGGAGCACACACUCCAUUUUGGCUUGCAACAAGUAUACUGGUGAGGGUCUGCGUGAAAUCCAUUCUAACAUCUUCUCUCCCAUGGAUAUACAUGCCUUCAGCCAACAGAGGCAGCCAAAUGCCACAAAUCCAUGUGGAAUUGACAAUGGGGGUUGUUCCCAUUUGUGUUUGAUGUCUCCAGUCAAGCCUUUUUAUCAGUGUGCUUGCCCCACUGGGGUCAAACUCCUGGAGAAUGGAAAAACCUGCAAAGAUGGUGCCACAGAAUUAUUGCUUUUAGCUCGAAGGACAGACUUGAGACGCAUUUCUUUGGAUACACCAGAUUUUACAGACAUUGUUCUGCAGUUAGAAGACAUCCGUCAUGCCAUUGCCAUAGAUUACGAUCCUGUGGAAGGCUACAUCUACUGGACUGAUGAUGAAGUGAGGGCCAUACGCCGUUCAUUUAUAGAUGGAUCUGGCAGUCAGUUUGUGGUCACUGCUCAAAUUGCCCAUCCUGAUGGUAUUGCUGUGGACUGGGUUGCACGAAAUCUUUAUUGGACAGACACUGGCACUGAUCGAAUAGAAGUGACAAGGCUCAAUGGGACCAUGAGGAAGAUCUUGAUUUCAGAGGACUUAGAGGAACCCCGGGCUAUUGUGUUAGAUCCCAUGGUUGGGUACAUGUAUUGGACUGACUGGGGAGAAAUUCCGAAAAUUGAGCGAGCAGCUCUGGAUGGUUCUGACCGUGUAGUAUUGGUUAACACUUCUCUUGGUUGGCCAAAUGGUUUAGCCUUGGAUUAUGAUGAAGGCAAAAUAUACUGGGGAGAUGCCAAAACAGACAAGAUUGAGGUUAUGAAUACUGAUGGCACUGGGAGACGAGUACUAGUGGAAGACAAAAUUCCUCACAUAUUUGGAUUUACUUUGUUGGGUGAUUAUGUUUACUGGACUGACUGGCAGAGGCGUAGCAUUGAAAGAGUUCAUAAACGAAGUGCAGAGAGGGAAGUGAUCAUAGAUCAGCUGCCUGACCUCAUGGGCCUAAAGGCCACAAAUGUUCAUCGAGUGAUUGGUUCCAACCCCUGUGCUGAGGAAAACGGGGGAUGUAGCCAUCUCUGCCUCUAUAGACCUCAGGGCCUUCGCUGUGCUUGCCCUAUUGGCUUUGAACUCAUCAGUGACAUGAAGACCUGCAUUGUCCCAGAGGCUUUCCUUUUGUUUUCACGGAGAGCAGAUAUCAGACGAAUUUCUUUGGAAACAAACAAUAAUAAUGUGGCUAUUCCACUCACUGGUGUCAAAGAAGCUUCUGCUUUGGAUUUUGAUGUGACAGACAACCGAAUUUAUUGGACUGAUAUAUCACUCAAGACCAUCAGCAGAGCCUUUAUGAAUGGCAGUGCACUGGAACAUGUGGUAGAAUUUGGCUUAGAUUAUCCAGAAGGCAUGGCAGUAGACUGGCUUGGGAAGAACUUGUACUGGGCAGACACAGGAACGAAUCGAAUUGAGGUGUCAAAGUUGGAUGGGCAGCACCGGCAAGUUUUGGUGUGGAAAGACCUAGAUAGUCCCAGAGCUCUCGCGUUGGACCCUGCCGAAGGAUUUAUGUAUUGGACUGAAUGGGGUGGAAAACCUAAGAUAGACAGAGCUGCAAUGGAUGGAAGUGAACGUACUACCUUAGUUCCAAAUGUGGGGCGGGCAAACGGCCUAACUAUUGAUUAUGCUAAAAGGAGGCUUUAUUGGACAGACCUGGACACCAACUUAAUAGAAUCUUCAAAUAUGCUUGGGCUCAACCGUGAAGUUAUAGCAGAUGACUUGCCUCAUCCUUUUGGCUUAACUCAGUACCAAGAUUAUAUCUACUGGACGGACUGGAGCCGACGCAGCAUUGAGCGUGCCAACAAAACCAGUGGCCAAAACCGCACCAUCAUUCAGGGCCAUUUGGAUUAUGUGAUGGACAUCCUCGUCUUUCACUCAUCUCGACAGUCAGGGUGGAAUGAAUGUGCUUCCAGCAAUGGGCACUGCUCCCACCUCUGCUUGGCUGUGCCAGUUGGGGGUUUUGUUUGUGGAUGCCCUGCCCACUACUCUCUUAAUGCUGACAACAGGACUUGUAGUGCUCCUACGACUUUCCUGCUCUUCAGUCAAAAGAGUGCCAUCAACCGCAUGGUGAUUGAUGAACAACAGAGCCCCGACAUCAUCCUUCCCAUCCACAGCCUUCGGAAUGUCCGGGCCAUUGACUAUGACCCACUGGACAAGCAACUCUAUUGGAUUGACUCACGACAAAACAUGAUCCGAAAGGCACAAGAAGAUGGCAGCCAGGGUUUUACUGUGGUUGUGAGCUCAGUUCCGAGUCAGAACCUGGAAAUACAACCCUAUGACCUCAGCAUUGAUAUUUACAGCCGCUACAUCUACUGGACUUGUGAGGCUACCAAUGUCAUUAAUGUGACAAGAUUAGAUGGGAGAUCAGUUGGAGUGGUGCUAAAAGGCGAGCAGGACAGACCUCGAGCCAUUGUGGUAAACCCGGAGAAAGGGUAUAUGUAUUUUACCAAUCUUCAGGAAAGGUCUCCUAAAAUUGAACGGGCUGCUUUGGAUGGGACAGAACGGGAGGUCCUCUUUUUCAGUGGCUUAAGUAAACCAAUUGCUUUAGCCCUUGAUAGCAGGCUGGGCAAGCUCUUUUGGGCUGAUUCAGAUCUUCGGCGAAUUGAAAGCAGUGAUCUCUCAGGUGCUAACCGGAUAGUAUUAGAAGACUCCAAUAUCUUGCAGCCUGUGGGACUUACUGUGUUUGAAAACUGGCUCUAUUGGAUUGAUAAACAGCAGCAAAUGAUUGAAAAAAUUGACAUGACAGGUCGAGAGGGUAGAACCAAAGUCCAAGCUCGAAUUGCCCAGCUUAGUGACAUUCAUGCAGUAAAGGAGCUGAACCUUCAAGAAUACAGACAGCACCCUUGUGCUCAGGAUAAUGGUGGCUGUUCACAUAUUUGUCUUGUAAAGGGGGAUGGUACUACAAGGUGUUCUUGCCCCAUGCACCUGGUUCUACUUCAAGAUGAGCUAUCAUGUGGAGAACCUCCAACAUGUUCUCCUCAGCAGUUUACUUGUUUCACGGGGGAAAUUGACUGUAUCCCUGUGGCUUGGCGGUGCGAUGGGUUUACUGAAUGUGAAGACCACAGUGAUGAACUCAAUUGUCCUGUAUGCUCAGAGUCCCAGUUCCAGUGUGCCAGUGGGCAGUGUAUUGAUGGUGCCCUCCGAUGCAAUGGAGAUGCAAACUGCCAGGACAAAUCGGAUGAGAAGAACUGUGAAGUGCUUUGUUUAAUUGAUCAGUUCCGCUGUGCCAAUGGUCAGUGCAUUGGAAAGCACAAGAAGUGUGAUCAUAAUGUGGAUUGCAGUGACAAGUCAGAUGAACUGGAUUGUUAUCCGACUGAAGAACCAGCACCACAGGCCACCAAUACAGUUGGUUCUGUUAUUGGCGUAAUUGUCACCAUUUUUGUGUCUGGAACUAUAUACUUUAUCUGCCAGAGGAUGUUGUGUCCACGUAUGAAGGGAGAUGGGGAAACUAUGACUAAUGACUAUGUAGUUCAUGGACCAGCUUCUGUGCCUCUUGGUUAUGUGCCACACCCAAGUUCUUUGUCAGGAUCUCUUCCAGGAAUGUCUCGAGGUAAAUCAAUGAUCAGCUCCCUCAGUAUCAUGGGGGGAAGCAGUGGACCCCCCUAUGACCGAGCCCAUGUUACAGGAGCAUCAUCAAGUAGUUCUUCAAGCACCAAAGGCACUUACUUCCCUGCAAUUUUGAACCCUCCACCAUCCCCAGCCACAGAGCGAUCACAUUACACUAUGGAAUUUGGAUAUUCUUCAAACAGUCCUUCCACUCAUAGGUCAUACAGCUACAGGCCAUAUAGCUACCGGCACUUUGCACCCCCCACCACACCCUGCAGCACAGAUGUUUGUGACAGUGACUAUGCUCCUAGUCGGAGAAUGACCUCAGUGGCAACAGCCAAGGGCUAUACCAGUGACUUGAACUAUGAUUCAGAACCUGUGCCCCCACCUCCCACACCCCGAAGCCAAUACUUGUCAGCAGAGGAGAACUAUGAAAGCUGCCCACCUUCUCCAUACACAGAGAGGAGCUAUUCUCAUCACCUCUACCCACCGCCACCCUCUCCCUGUACAGACUCCUCCUGAGGAGGGGCCCUCCUCCUCUGACUGCCUCCAACAUAAAAAUGUAAAUAUAAAUUUGGUUGAGAUCUGGAGGGGGGGAGGGAGCUAUUAGAGAAGGAUGAGGCAGACCAUGUACAGUUAAAAUUAUAAAAUGGGGUAGGGAAUACUGGAGAUAUUUGUACAGAAGAAAAGGAUAUUUAUAUAUUUUCUUAAAACAGCAGAUUUGCUGCUUGUGCCAUAAAAGUUUGUAUAAAAAAAAUUUGUACUGAAAGUUUUAUUUUUGCAAACUAAAUACACAAAGCAUGCCUUAAACCCAGUGAAGCAACUGACUACAAAGGAAACAGGAAUAAUAAAGGCAUCACUGACCAGGAAUAUCUGGGCUUUAUUGAUACCAAAAAUAAAAAAGAGGAAGAAGAAAAAUUAAGUCCAUCUCAGAGCAGCAAACCGUAGAUACAUGGAUGUAGCCAGAUAGCCUUCAGUUAACUAACAUUUGAGGGCCAACAAGUAAGAAAUGAUGAAAGGAAGAAAAAGCAAUUAAUACUAACCUUGGACGAAGGGCUUUGUUUUCUCUAGGAAUCCAACAGUGUUAGUGAGGAAAGUAGAUAUUUCUAAAAACCCAUUCUGGGUGUUGCUGUUGUAGGAGAGAUCAGCCCUCUGGUAAGAUGCCAUGAAGCUGUGUGUGUGUGCAAGUCUCUGUCCCUACCUUUAGAAUCCAUACCUCUGUCAAAAUGAAUUUUUUUCUCUAGGUAUGUUUACCUUGCUGCCCCCUCCAGCAACUUGGUAAGUCAUUUUGCUAAGAUACCAUGAUUUUUUUAAGCUGAAGCAUUGACUAAAUGGAAUUUUCUAAAUUAAACUUGAUUUUAUUAUUUCUUCUAGCUCCAUUCCCCAGUAGGCUUAGCUCUUCAAUUUGACUGCUGUUUUUGCAUAAUGAUCAAAAGUUAGACAUAUUAUUUCUCUUCUUCCAAGAUUGUUUUAAUGCUCAUUAAAAUGUCUUUUUACAACACAUAUAGACGAUGUUUAAGAAUUAAAAAUUUAACCAUUAUGUUUUUGUUGUAAAUCAUAUAUCCUUGCACUACUUUCAGCAUAUAUCACAGUACGAAAUCAUUUAUAUAUAUAUAUAUAUUUUUUGUUUGUUUGUUUGUUUUCUGAGUAAAACAUUUAAAUAUGUUCUGGUUAGAGACAAUCUAUUUAAAAAGAUUUUUUUCUUAUUAGGAUUUUCCCUAUAUUAACAGUUUGUGACGUUUUCAUGUUCUUUAGACCGGUUUUUCUCAGAAUAAUGUCUACAUACAUACCUCUUCUAAUGUGUGACAUGAAUUUAAUAUCUUUCUGUUAUCCACUGUGAAUGUUAGGCUGUUUUCAAAUUAUCCACAAAUUAUUCUUGUAAUCACCUCGUAUUUUUAUGUGGGUCCUCUCUUACCCAUUAUGGAUUAAGAUAGUUUAACAAAUUUAACAAUGAGGAUUAAAUGAGAAGGCAAACUGUUAACUUCUCAGCUGUCAGAAUUUGGGUGGAAGGGAAUAAUGGAAGCCUCUUUUGUGAUCUGCGUGACCUGCUGUCAUGUAUGGUACUGGGGCUGCUACAUCUUCAGCUAUCAGGGCUGACCUGUGGAAUGAUUCUAGCACUUGCUCUGCCACCUUACCAGAAGUUCGUUUCCUGCUUUUUACACAUGUGUAGCACUUCUCUGCUAAAAUCGAGUGGUUUUAAACUAAUGUAUUUUUAGCUUAAGAGGUGUUGGUCAGUUAAUUAUUGAGUUUUUUUUUUUUCUUUUUUAAUUCUGUCUUGCCAAGGCCUCUCUGGGUUUCAGGGCCCAAGAGAAAACAGUGGAAGAAAGGAUUCAGAAUUUAGGCAAGGGUGAAGUUAACUGUUCAUGCAAGUUAAAAAUACCUAAGUAAAGUUUUUGAAGAUAAAAUUGUGGUUUCAGAAUAAUGCUGAUUGUUGGAGACUGUAAGAAUCAGGUGCACUUGAUUUUGCAUAUAAGCAAAUGGUAAAUCUAUCAGAGUCCUAAAACAGACAAGCAUGAACUCUUCCCGUUGCUGGAACUAAGUGCCCACAGUGUCAGACAAAAUGGACAUUGAACUUGGAUUCUGUGAUACACAGGGCACUUGAUGCUUAAAUGAAGAUGGAAAGGUUAGCAAUACCUGGGUGUCAGUUAGAAUUUGAGAAUUCUAUAUGUUUACAUAUUUAAAUGUGCGUCUUGAUCUGGUGGGCUUCCCAUGUGGAGACUUGCACUCUAAUUAACUAAGAAGAAUAUUGCCUUGUUGGAUCUCAGUCCACGUGCUUGCACUGCGAUGGCAAUGGCCUCUUCUUCAAAAUACUAAUUUGUGUGCCAAUUUGUUUAAAAUUAUUUGAAGGCAGUUCAGCCUAAUCUCAGUGUUUUCUUUCUGGGGUAGAUGAGAUGGAUUCUUAAUAUUUCUGGGAGUACUUUUUAUUGAGAGAAUUGUCAAAUUUGGAAAGAUUUAUUGAGCCUUAGGUUACAUGGACAGUUAAGCUUAAGUAAACUGUAUAUUGAUUAUUAAACACAAGCUGUAAUUGGAAAAGUUGAGAGGAAAAACAUGAGACCACAAAUUAGGGGGAAAAAAGAAAAGGGAUUUUAAAAUUUGGUAUAUUAAAUUCAUUGUCCAAGGGGGAAAAUGAAUAAUGUUUCAUUAGAUUCCUUAUAUGCAAAAGUAUUUAUUUUGAACAUGUGUCCUAAAAUAUAUGCACUAACUGGUGUGAUUAAAAUUGUCCAAGAAAUAAACUUGAGCAUAACAUACUUUGUGUGCACCACAGUAAGCUAUUCUGCAUUGAAGUGGUCUUUUAUAACUAAGGCCUGGACUUGGCUCCAACAGAGUCGUGCUCUUCUGAAUAGUGACUUAAGGAGUUUUGUUUGCUUAAGUCAGAUAAUAGCACAUUCACAGGGAAAAAAAAGAGAGUUGGUGGAUAGAAUUUUCUGACUAUUAAUUUUUCUUCCAUGAAAUUUUAUUAUGCCUUUGGCACUUUCUGCGACUCUUACAGCAUAUCACAAGAUGUCUGUUUAGCAGAAGAUUAUGUAGUUACUUUAAUUUUAAUAUAAAAAUAGCUUGUGAUACAUUACCAAGAGAUCUCUGAUUCUUUAGUAAGUUUGAGAACACCUAUUCUACAGAGAUGAUAGGUACUUAGAAAUGAAGACUUUAAAGUACAUUUUAAUCUAAUAUAGGCCAGUAAUUGGGGGAAGGGGCUUUGAGCAGUACAAUUUUAAGAUGAUUUUGAGGGUUGUAUUUCUUUAUCAUUUAAAAAUACCCUAAAGUCAGUAAUUUAUAUGAAGGAAACUCAUUCAUUAUUGAAGGUAUAAAAAUAGCCAUCAUCUGUAUUAGGUAGCAGUUUUGGAGGAUCAUCUUUUUCUUUUGCUGUAAAGCCCUAUUAAUGAAGAAUACUUCCAGUAGAGUUAAUAGCUGUAGCUUACCUAGUGUGUUAAUGAAGUGUGUUUAUUUAUGUGACUUGAUACCAGUAGUCAUAAUAGAGACUGAAGAGGUAUGCGUUAAGCAUGCCACUUCUAUGCAGUAAACAGGCUGCAGCUGCCUAGAUUAGAUUCUUAGAAAUGUCAUAUUUUGAAUUGUUUUAUUUCUUGUAGGGGAAGCUUUGUCCCGCUUCAUUGAUUUGCAUGCCAUAGGAAUUACAUAUUGGUUAUCAUUACGUAUCUAACAAGAUUCAGAAACAAAAAUCUUGGACUUUUCACAUCCGAAUAUGUCAGCUCUUAAUACAUGUGUGGUGCUUAAGUCUACAUACGGCAUCCAUAGUUGAUCUAGAGUAUGGAUAUGAGUGUGUUGACCAGUUAUCAGUAGGUGGACAAAUAUUUGGUCAUCUACAGAUGAGACUGUGCACUAAGUGUGGACUGAGUCCUAAAGAAGCUUAUAGUCAGGUGUUGUUUAAAACAUUAUCAGAAUUCUUAAACCCAAGGAAUUUAAUUUUAUUUGGUAUUUCUUAAGCCUAAAAUGAACCAAGAGAAAGAUGAUUUUAGAAAGUACUUGUAGUGCGUGUGUGGCUUCUGACUUUUGGGAUGGCACCAUUUUAUAAUAGUUUCAAAAUUUAGCUUUUGAAAUUCUCAACAUUUUAUGGUAGAAGACUUUGGACCUCAAGUAUAAAAUUAUACGUUUAUAAUUUUUUUAAAAUUUAAAUUAUAAGUAUUGUGAAUUCACACUCUCAGGCUAUUGUCUGACUUGAUCUAUGUCUCAUAAAGCCUGUACCUGAGUGGAGUGGAAGGUGGAGUCUUACGUUAAUCAGUUACUGACUCUACCCUCACCCUCUUUCAAUUGAGGUAAACUUUGCUGUUUUUCUUUUUCAUAAAGCAUUCUUAAAUUGUUGAGUUUAUUGCUGAAAAAAAUCUCCAUGACUUCACAGAUAGAGUUACAAACUAAAUGAUUUCUUGUAUUUAGAAGCAGAGUACAGACGUAACAAACUGUUAGAUUCUCCACCAUCACUUAGGGUUUGCCCAAAAGCAACACCAAAGAAUUACAGACAACAUGCUUUUGCUUAACUGUCCAUUUUGGUUGUUUUGUUUUUUAAUCAAAUAUAAGCAGGAUGGGCGAUAGAUAUAUAUUUAUAUAUAGAUACAUAUUCUAUAUAUCUAAUGCCUAAAUAUGGGUAUUAAAGGGAAAAUUUUUAAAGUCUGAUUAAAUCCAAUAUUACAUGAAAUUAAAUAUAUGGGUUAGUAAGGAAAAAUGUUAAGUAGAGAGGAUACCAAGAAGAUUAAACUGGACUAGCCUUAUUUGCAAGUGAAGGAUCUGGUGCUGCUUUCAGAUGUUUAUCUUUUAUUUUUUUCCCUUAAGCUUUAAUCUUCGUCAUUGUCUUAAGGUCAACUGGUGUUUCUUGUUCAUCGACUUUGGUACGAUGGUGCUUUGCAAGGAUGUAUUUAUGUUAUAAUGGCCAACAUUUGGUCAGCCCUUGUCCACUUAUUCACUUCCCUCCUUUUGUAAAAUAAGUGCUUUAAUUAUAAACUGUAUAAAAAUACCUUGUAUAAACCCCUUUUUUGAUUAUUACAAUAAAUAAGCUGAAUUGUAACAAAUGAAAUGUUGAUUUUUGUAAUAAAACAGUGGAAAAGUAAAA